UUGGAACCUUUGGCUUGAAAUCGAUUUCACCCGAACAAUAGGAUUUGUAACACCACACUGUCAAAAGCAGGAAAUGGAGUAUGUAACGUUAAAGUAUAAUGCGGCAUCUUUUGUUAUUGGUCUCAUUUCCUAAUUAGGUGUUUUUCUUUACGCUAUUUACAACCACGAGCCCCUGGACGUUUUGGAUGAAUAUUUUCUAAGGGACACGGUAUGCAAACCAGUCUGUCUCUGGAGCAGAGGAGAUCCAGACAAAAGUUACACUAAUGCUGAUGAUUAGCCCCAGAAUGGCCUCAGGAGUACAAGAGAAACAGUACACACCAUCUCUGCUCAGUUUUUUUGUUUAUAACCCUACGUUUGGUCCACAGGAAGGAGAGGAGGAGAAGAAGAUUUUGUUUUACCACCCCAGUGACGUUGAAAAGAAUGAGAAGAUCCGAAAUGUGGGCCUUUGUGAAGCCAUUGUUCAGUUCACCAGGACCUUCUGUCCGACAAGACCCGCGAAAUCCCUGCACACACAGAAGAACCGGCAGUUUUUCUUUGAGCCUGAGAACAAUUUCUGGACAGUCAUGGUGGUUCGAAACCCAAUGAUUGAGAAACCAAGCAAAGAUGGUAAACCUCCCACAACAGAAUAUCAGGAAGAGGAAGUACUUGAUACUGUUUAUAGUGCAGUUUUAAAGGAGUGCUACAGUAUGUACAAGCUCUUUAACGGCACGUUUGGCAGGGCGAUGGAAGCUGGUGGAGUAGAACUGCUCACUCAGAAACUUGAAAAGUUCUUCUACAGGUAUCUACAGACUCUCCACUUGCAGUCCUGUGACUUGUUAGAUGUCUUUGGUGGCAUCAGCUUCUUCCCACUGGACAAGAUGACCUACCUGAAGAUCCAGUCCUUUGUUAACAGAGUGGAGGAGAGCCUCAGCCUGAUCAAAUACACAGCCUUCCUGUAUAACGACCAGCUUAUCUGGAGCGGACUGGAACAAGAUGACAUGAGGAUUCUGUACAAGUACCUGACCACCUCGCUGUUCCCCAGACACUCUGAACCGGAGCUGGCUGGAAGGGACUCUCCUCUGAGGCCAGAGGUUGCUGGGAAUCUGCUGCACUAUGGGAGGUUUUUGACAGGACCUGCCAAUCUUAAAGAUCCAGAGGCCAAAUUUCGAUUUCCAAAAAUAUUUGUCAGUGCAGAGGGUGGCUAUGAGGAACUUCAUCUGAUUGUUUAUAAGGCGAUGAGUGCUGCAGCUUGUUUUAUGAUCAGUGCCUCUGUGGAGCUGACAAGAGAGUUUUGUGAACAGCUGGAUGGUUUGGUGGGCCCUCAGCUUACCUUGCUGGCAUCUGAUAUAUGUGAACAGUUCACCAUUAACCGCAGGAUAUCAGGGCCAGAGAAGGAGCCCCAGUUUAAGUUCAUCUACUUCAACCACAUGAACCUGGCGGAGAAGAGCACCAUCCACAUGAGGAAGACAGCCAGUGUUUGCCUCACCUCUGUCCAUCCUGACCUCAUGAAGAUCCUGGGAGACAUCAACUGUGACUUUGCCAGGGUUGAUGAAGAUGAAGAAAUCAUUGUAAAAGCAAUGACUGACUACUGGGUGGUCGGCAAGAAGUCAGACCAGAGAGAAUUGUAUGUAAUCCUGAACCAGAAAAAUGCCAAUCUGAUCGAAGUAAACGAGGAGGUUAAGAGGCUUUGUGCGACACAGUUCAACAACAUAUUCUUCUUGGACUGAUGGAGCAGAAAGGCAGAGACUUUCACCACACUAAAAACUGUCAGUGUUGCAGGGUAUCAUGACAGCAUCAGUGUAAUGCAAUAACAAUGCAUUGUUAAAUAUAACAAUAAAAAGCUUUCUCACCAAGUUUUUUUUUAACCUGCAGUACAAAAAUUGUAAUUAAGUGUAAAAAUCCAGAUUUUUACUUUACCUGUACGUUUUCUUUGUACAUACUUGUAGGAUUUUAACUUUGAUUUCUUUCAAAUUACAGUUUGUUCAUGCAGUUUUUAAUGCACACAUAAUGACAAUAUCUCAAAUUAAUUUAAGAACUGACAUGCACAGAACGGUUUACUCCAGGUUUUUUUGGUGAGCUGUGAUUGUCUUCAAAUGUGAUGCCAUCAUGUCAAACAUAUUGUGGUUUGUAAAAAAAAAAUUAUAAAGAAAUUAUUUUACAGAGUG